AUGCGGCAAGCACCAACACCCCUCGAAACCGAUUCCGCUACCCAGCCUGCCGAGGUGAAUUCACCAACAGAAACGCAUCAGCCAGCCAAGGUGAAUCCGCAAACUGAUUCCGCUACCCAGCAUGCCAAGGUGAAUUCACCAACAGAAAUGCACCAGCCAAUCAAGGCGAAUCCGCCAACCGAAGCCACCCCUCCCACAUACUUACUCGAGCUAGGUAGGACGGUCACUCCGGCCAACGCGAUGACAGACCCGACCAAGCAGUAUGAGUUUCCAGCGAUGGAUACUGAUCCGGUGGAAGAUCUCGACAUUCCUCCUGUUCCUACCAGGGAGCGCAUAGACGGGGAUCUCGCACCAUUCCCCGACACAAUAGCAAUCAACGACAAGCCCGCAACAGUAACCGAAUCAACCCCCAUGGAGGUGGAUUUUCAAGCCACGGAAUAUGGGUGCGACACAAGCUGGCUCGGCGCCAUACUGGGCUACAUUGACAAAGGUGAGAGAUAA